ACUCGGUGUCACGACAGCGGGAGACUCCAGCCGGCCGCGCUCCCGGCCCACCCCCGUCCCUGGCUCUCCGCGGCGCUCGGAGCCCCCUCCCCUGCGCCCCCGGCCGCGGGGCCAGUCGCCCAGACUCCCACCAAACUUUUCCGCCCGGGGCUCGAGAUCCCGGGCUCAGGGCUCCCCAGCCCGGUUCCAUUCCACCUCGAGCCUCUCCCAGGACUAGGCGCGAGCGGCCCCCCUCCCCACGGCCCUCCCUCUCUCUCCGGCCUCUUUGGGGAGGGGCUCUCCACGCUCCGGGGAGCUCCCGAGGGUCGCCAGCGCCGCGCUCGCCUUUUAUCUCGCCUUCACCUGGAUAUAAUUUCCACGCGAAGCUGCCCCCAGGAUGACCACGCUGGCCGGAGCUGUGCCCAGGAUGAUGCGGCCGGGCCCGGGGCAGAACUACCCGCGCAGCGGGUUCCCGCUGGAAGUGUCCACCCCCCUCGGCCAGGGCCGGGUCAACCAGCUCGGCGGCGUGUUUAUCAACGGCCGGCCGCUGCCCAACCACAUCCGCCACAAGAUCGUGGAGAUGGCCCACCACGGCAUCCGGCCCUGCGUCAUCUCCCGCCAGCUGCGCGUGUCCCACGGCUGCGUCUCCAAGAUCCUGUGCAGGUACCAGGAGACGGGCUCCAUCCGUCCCGGCGCUAUUGGCGGCAGCAAGCCCAAGCAGGUGACAACGCCCGACGUGGAGAAGAAAAUCGAGGAGUACAAAAGAGAGAACCCGGGCAUGUUCAGCUGGGAAAUCCGAGACAAGCUGCUCAAGGACGCGGUCUGCGACCGGAACACCGUGCCCUCAGUGAGUUCCAUCAGCCGCAUCUUGAGGAGUAAAUUCGGGAAAGGCGAGGAGGAGGAGGCGGACCUGGAGAGAAAGGAGGCCGAGGAGAGCGAGAAGAAGACGAAACACAGAAUUCCUGGGAUCUUAAGCCCUAGGGCCUCCGCGCCCCAGUCGGACGAGGGCUCUGACAUCGACUCCGAGCCCGACUUGCCCCUGAAGAGGAAGCAGCGCCGCAGCCGCACCACCUUCACCGCGGAGCAGCUGGAGGAGCUGGAGCGCGCCUUCGAGAGGACCCACUACCCGGACAUUUACACGCGCGAGGAGCUGGCGCAGCGCGCGAAGCUCACCGAGGCCCGAGUCCAGGUCUGGUUUAGCAACCGCCGUGCAAGAUGGAGGAAGCAAGCUGGGGCCAAUCAACUGAUGGCUUUCAACCAUCUCAUUCCGGGGGGCUUCCCCCCCACCGCCAUGCCCACCCUGCCAACAUACCAGCUGUCGGAGACCUCGUACCAGCCCACGGCGAUUCCACAAGCCGUGUCGGACCCCAGCAGCACCGUGCACAGACCUCAGCCGCUCCCCCCGAGCACCGUACACCAAAGCACCCUUCCUUCGAACCCGGACAGCAGCUCUGCCUACUGUCUCCCCAGCACCAGGCAUGGAUUUUCCAGCUAUACGGACAGCUUCGUGCCCCCGUCCGGGCCCUCCAACCCCAUGAACCCCGCCAUUGGCAACGGCCUUUCACCUCAGGUAAUGGGACUCCUGGCCAACCAUGGUGGGGUACCCCACCAGCCCCAGACCGACUAUGCGCUCUCCCCGCUCACCGGGGGCCUGGAACCUACCACCACGGUGUCGGCCAGCUGCAGCCAGAGACUAGACCACAUGAAGAGCUUGGACAGUCUCCCAACAUCUCAGUCGUAUUGUCCACCCACCUAUAGCACCACGGGCUACAGCAUGGACCCUGUCACAGGCUACCAGUAUGGGCAGUAUGGACAAAGUGCCUUCCAUUAUCUCAAGCCAGAUAUCGCUUGGUUUCCAAUUCUUUUGAACGUGCUGGACAAAGCCGUGGAGAAAAGGAAGACCCGGGACAGUAAAGACAAUGCAACGUUUUAAGGCAACGAUUUCACAUGGCUAUGUAUCCAACACCCCAGCUCUGUAGGCGCUGAAACAUUCCAUUUGUGUGUGUGCCUGUGCCUGUGCGUGUGUGUGCGUGUGUGCGCGCACGUGUGCUUGAGUGCGUGUGUGCGUGCGUGCGUGUGUGAUUUAUCUGGACUGGUUCGGGCAAGCAGAAUGUUCCCAAAUACAGUCGGAGAAUUCUCCCCAGUAUAACAGGAUGGAUGCCUCAUGCUGACGCUUCUACAACUUUCAGACUGCUCCCUUAAUGCAGCAGGAACGGAGGAAUCCUUGACUUUUACACACUGGAAAUUGAUAUGGAAAUAAGUGGCACCGUUUUUAGGAAGUUAGACUAGAUGUAAAGGGCCUCCCAAAUAAAUUAUUUGUUAUCGUACCCUCACUUGGACUUCAGUGGUUACUAAAUGUCCCGGAAGGACACGUCUUGCUGGUAGGACCUGGGUCAGCAGGAGGAAAAGCUGGUGUUCUCUCCCGGCCUGGCAGGGGUGUGCCGGUUCCCCAGUGCAGUUUCCCGUCGGGGCUGAGCUGGGGAGGGGAGAAGUGAGUGCAUUCCCACAGCUGCUCCUCAGUGUGCAAUACUGUGUACCUCACGGACGCUUUGGCAAUGCCAGGCUCAUAGAUACAGAAUCAGAACUAUAUUUUUGCAGGUGCUUUAUUUUCGCAGCCCACGAUUCACUGUGGUCGAACGCAGCGACGUUUGCCGCUUGCUGGACAACCCACACCUGGCUUGCUCCUUUUGACCAGAGAGCAUGUUCAAGAAUGAUGCUUUUAAAAUUAUUACGUUUACAUGCUUCUCUUUUCUAGGAACGGCAGGGCAAGAACAGAAAUGUCCAUGUGGCCCUCAUGUACUUUUAAAUUAUACAACGCUCUCCAAUAUUAAAAGACUCUAGGAACUGAGGUUUACAUACAUUUGUGCGGUGACAUUAUCGAAUGUCAAUAAAUUUGCUUUUGGAGAUGUUAAGAGGGGCAAGAAGGGGGAAGACAGUGUUAUUUAUUUCUUUCUGUUCUUGGAAUCACGAACGAGAUAGGCACAGAUACAUUCCCUUUAGAGUUGAGAACUAUGACAUAGUGAGUUAGACUAGACGUAGCACCGAGCUCAGUUCAUACAUUGGUCUUAGUGGGUGACGGAUGGAGAGAAGUUCUAUCUUUUGUGUUGCAGCCUCCGCCAACAACAAUGUG